CCCAGUUGUGGUUUGUUGUCUCAGCUCCAACCUUUCCAAUCCUGUCUUUGUGUCAGAUGUGGGGGCACAGUGGGAGCCAUAUUGACAUGCCCGUUGGAAGUUGUGAAGACUCGACUGCAGUCUUCCUCCAUCACCCUGUACGUUUCUGAGGUUCAGCUCAGUGCUGUGAACGGUGCCAGCGUGGCCCGGGUGUCCCCACCAGGCCCCCUGCACUGUCUCAAGCUGAUAUUGGAGAAAGAAGGUCCUCGCUCUCUCUUCAGGGGUUUGGGACCAAACUUAGUGGGUGUGGCACCCUCCAGAGCUAUAUAUUUUGCUGCUUACUCAACCGCCAAAGAGAAACUGAAUGGUGUGUUGGAACCGGACUCUACACAAGUUCACAUGGUUUCCGCUGGAAUGGCAGGUUUUACAGCCAUCACAGCAACAAAUCCAAUCUGGCUGAUAAAGACUCGCCUACAGCUGGAUGCAAGGAAUCGAGGUGAGCGAAGCAUGAGUGCGUUCGAGUGCACGCGCCGGGUGUACAAAGCGGACGGCUUGCGGGGCUUCUACAGGGGAAUGUCGGCGUCUUACGCCGGUAUCUCGGAGACUGUGAUCCACUUUGUGAUCUACGAAAACAUUAAGCGACGCCUCGUGGAGGCGAAAGCCACACAGAACAUGGACAAGGAAGAGGAAGUGUCUAAAGACGCUUUGGACUUUGUUGGGAUGAUGCUCGCCGCCGCAACAUCCAAGACUUGUGCCACAUCCAUCGCUUAUCCCCACGAGGUGAUCCGCACAAGGCUAAGAGAAGAGGGCACAAAGUAUCGUUCGUUUUUCCAGACUCUCACGACGGUGCCAAAAGAGGAGGGCUACCGGGCCCUGUAUCGUGGUUUGACCACCCACCUGGUACGCCAGAUUCCCAACACCGCCAUCAUGAUGUGCACCUACGAGCUGGUGGUCUACCUCCUAAAUGGUUAA